UACACCACAAAAAGUAGCACUUAUCAGCCACAUCAAGGAUGAGAAACGAGACGGAGACAUCGUGACAUACCCUUUAUUCAUUGAAUUCUAUCCUACAGUGCCUUGUGAAGCGGGAGAGUAUAAGUCAGAUGAGAGAUGGGCCCCAGAAUGUCAGGAAUGUCCAGAAGGACAUACGUCUGAAGCUGGAUCAAUGUCACAAGAUGACUGUCAUCCUGAAUCCUCAGAAUUCAUCCCGUCUGAAGAUUCUACAUACACCAUACAAAAAGUGGAUGGACCCGCAAGUGGGUGGUAUCUGACCGCUGAUUCGGAAAAAAGGAACAAGAAUUCUGAAUACGUACACACUCACAAUUCUGAGGGCGGUGACGAGGGAGAGUCCUGGAAGAUCCUGAAGACGAUGUACAAGAAGAAUAUUUGUUACAAGAUCGAGAGCAUCUCUGGCAGAAACGAGGGACGUUUGUUGGUAGUGCACGGUUCAAUAACAUCAGAAGGAGAUGGCCGAGUCUUGAUUCACAAAACCCCCUACAACCGUGAUGAGGACGAAUGCUGGAACAUCGAGGCAGUCAGAGAGGACGGCGAAACUCUUUACCAACUGAAGAAGGCUGCUGGCAGACACGUGGGCAAGUACAUGGUGGCGAUCAAUCGUAAUCCAAAGAAGUCAACUCAGAUUUGGGCCGAUGUUACCGAUAGGGAAGACGCCAUGAAUGAUUCUUUGUGGAGAAUCACUGAGAAUUAAACGGUUAUACAAACUGCCAUUUAAGUGCUGUUUUGGUUUAUAUGCCGCAAAAAAACCGAACAAACUGAAUAACGAACUAUGAGGUUCGCUUUUAAUGCGAUUCAAGUAGCAGUACACAUGUAGCUGCACUGCCAGUCUACCGAUUAAGGAAAUUAGAAUAGAAGCCAGAAACUGAGAUACUGCAAGAAAUUCAGCUGUUCUAUUUCACAUUUAUUUACAUUUAUUCCAUUUUGGAUGUAUUUUUAAUUUACGGAGUACAAUCUUAUUUUAGAUUUAGAAUAAAUUGUUUUUAAUUUACAGAGUACUGUUUACUCUAGGUUUAGAUUUAUAAUUUAAUUUCUCGAGGUUUGGUUGGCAAGGAAUCGUGUAUGAAUAUGAUAUGCUGCUACAACUUUUAACUUCUGAAGCAAAUUUUAAUGAAUAUUCUGAUACUUGAUGCACAAUGUUAUAGCUGCUAAUAGCUAUUACAAUUUUAACCGAUUGUUUUCUGACGAUUUAUAAACUUUA